AUGGAGCUGCUGUCCACGCCCCACAGCAUCGAGGUCAGCAACAUCACCUGUGACUCCUUUCGCAUCUCCUGGGCCAUGGAGAACAGUGACCUGGAGAGGGUCACCCACUACUUCAUUGACCUGAACAAGAAAGAGAAUAAGAACUCCAACAAGUUCAAGCACCGGGAUGUCCCCACCAAGCUCGUGGCCAAGGCCGUGCCGCUGCCCAUGACGGUGAGAGGCCACUGGUUCCUGAGCCCCCGCACGGAGUACAGUGUGGCAGUGCAGACCGCCGUGAAGCAGAGCGACGGGGAGUACCUCGUGUCUGGCUGGAGCGAGACGGUCGAGUUCUGCACUGGGGAUUAUGCCAAGGAGCACCUGGCCCAGUUGCAGGAGAAGGCCGAGCAGAUCGCAGGCCGCAUGCUCCGCUUCUCCGUCUUCUACCGCAACCAUCACAAGGAGUACUUCCAACACGCCAGGACCCACUGCGGGAACAUGCUGCAGCCCUACCUGAAGGACAACAGUGGCAGCCAUGGCUCCCCGACCAGCGGCAUGCUCCACGGGGUCUUCUUCAGCUGCAACACGGAGUUCAACACAGGCCAGCCCCCGCAGGACUCCCCCUACGGCCGCUGGCGCUUCCAGAUCCCUGCCCAGCGCCUUUUCAACCCCAGCACCAACCUCUACUUUGCGGACUUCUACUGUAUGUACACGGCCUACCACUAUGCCAUCCUGGUGCUGGCCCCCAAGGGUUCCCUGGGGGAUCGCUUCUGCCGUGACCGCCUGCCCCUCCUGGACAUUGCCUGCAACAAGUUCCUGACCUGCAGCGUGGAGGAUGGGGAGCUGGUCUUCCGCCACGCCCAAGACCUCAUCCUGGAGAUCAUCUACACCGAGCCUGUCGACCUGUCCCUGGGCACCCUGGGGGAGAUCAGCGGGCACCAGCUCAUGAGCCUGUCCACUGCUGACGCCAAGAAAGACCCCAGCUGCAAGACCUGCAACAUCAGCGUGGGCCGCUAGGGACUUCUGGGGAGCUGGGGGGCUAGGGAGAGAUGGC